AUGGAACAACAGUCAAACAGGGUCCAUCGGACCACCAAGGAGAAGAAGAAGCACGAUGGCCCCAACCCCAAGGCUUUCGCAUACUCGAAUCCUGGAAAAGGCAACAAGGCUGGCGCGCGAUCGCAUGAUAUCAAAGAGAAAAGACUCCAUGUACCUCUGGUGGAUCGCUUGCCUGAGGAGGCUCCUCCGCUGAUCGUUGCGGUGGUUGGACCGCCAGGUGUCGGAAAAACCACCCUUGUCAAAUCUUUGAUUCGCCGCUACACCAAGCAGACUCUUAGCACGCCGACCGGACCGUUGACAAUCGUGACAUCGAAGAAACGCCGACUUACAAUCAUCGAAUGCCCCUCCGAUUCUUUGGCUAGCAUGAUCGAUGUGGCGAAAAUUGCAGAUAUUGUGCUUCUGAUGAUUGACGGUAAUUAUGGGUUUGAAAUGGAAACCAUGGAAUUCCUGAACGUGUUGGCUUCGAGUGGUAUGCCGGGAAACGUCUUCGGAAUCUUGACCCAUCUGGACCUUUUCAAGAAGCAGAGCACCCUGCGGGCUGCCAAAAAGCGCCUCAAGCACCGUUUCUGGAGCGAGCUUUAUAACGGCGCAAAGCUAUUCUACCUCUCCGGCGUGGUCAACGGCCGGUACCCCGACCGCGAGAUACACAACCUUUCUCGCUUCUUGUCCGUCAUGAAAAACCCUCGACCGUUGAUCUGGCGUAACUCUCACCCGUAUGCGCUGGCCGACCGCUUCCUGGACAUCACUCCUCCGACCGACAUCGAAGAGAACCCGAAAUGCGACCGGACGAUCGCGCUUUAUGGGUACCUGCGUGGUACUAAUUUCCCCGCGCAAGGCGCCCGAGUGCACGUUCCUGGUGUCGGUGACUUGACUGUCUCAGGCAUCGAGAGUCUCCCGGAUCCUUGCCCCACGCCUUUCAUGGACCAGCAGCUGGCCAAGUCCGGCAAGGGCAGCAAACGCAGACUUGGUGAUAAGCAAAAGCUCUUGUUCGCGCCUAUGUCUGACGUUGGUGGUGUGCUGGUCGACAAAGAUGCUGUUUACAUCGAUGUCAAGACAAACAACUUUGAGCGCGAGGAGGACGAGGAAAGCGAUAACGAAGAUCGUGGUCUUGGAGAGCAAUUGGUUGUUGGCCUGCAGGGCGAGCGCAAGUUGCUCGGUGAAGCCGAUGGUGGUGUCCGUCUGUUCAGUGGCGGCGAGGCUAUUGCCAAGGCGGAUGACGAGGACGACACCGUCGGUAGAAAGCGCAGAAGGAACGUCAGAUUCAUGGAUGACGAAGACAAACAGGAUACACUGAAUGAUGACGACGAAGGGUUCGAAAGCGCAGAGGGUGAUGAGGAUGACGAGGAGGGUGACGAAGUUGAUGGGGCCAGCGACGAGGAGGGUCUGCACCUUGCUGCCCCGGCAGACUUUGAAACCAGUUUCCGGGAAAAGCAAGACGGCAAAGACCGUGGAGCUAAAGAUGACAUCGCAUUUGCCGACAGCGACUCCGACCUUGGCUCUAUCUCAUCUGUUGAGGAUCAAGAGCUUGACAGCGAUCAGGACGAGGACGAUAUGGACGGCGAGGAUGACGGCGCAUUCCGAUGGAAAGAGAACAUGGCUGCGAACAUCAAAGCUCUUCACGCCAGCAGGCCUAAAUACCGUGUCACCGACCUCUCGCGCAUGAUGUACGACGAAUCCCUCGAUCCCGCUGACGUGAUCCGGAAAUGGUCAGGCAAGGACAGUGAGGAGGAAGAGGAAGAAGAGCCUGAAGACGAGGGAGACGAUUUCUUCAAGAAGACCAACAACGAGAAGGAGGAGCAGUCAGAGUUCCGCUCUGUCCCCGAAUUCGAUUAUGAAGCACUGGAGCAGAAGUGGCAAGAGGAGGAUCUGCUUGAGUCGUUACGCAGUCGAUUCAUCACCUCCCAUCACUCCGGAGAUGGAGACGACGAUUUCGACGGUGACGAGGAUGACGAAGGCGAUGGAGAGUUCGAGGAUCUUGAGACGGGAGAGACGUUUAAUGGAAUUGAAGACGACGAGGGUGAAGAUGGCGAUGAUGACGAGGCCGAGAAAAACAACGGCCCCGUGGACCUGGAAGCUGAGCGUGAGCGAAAUGCAAAGAAGAAGGAGGAGUUGAGACUCCGCUUCGAGGAGGAAGAUCGCGAAGGCUUCGCAAAUUCCAAGGACAACUCACGGCAGGACGGUGGCGGAGAAGAAGAAUUCGGCGAGGACGAAUGGUACGACGCUCAGAAGGCCAAGCUACAAAAGCAGCAAGAUAUCAACCGCGCGGAGUUUGACACCUUGGACCCGGCCUCUCGGGCUAGAGCAGAGGGCUUCAAGGCCGGUACGUACGCACGUAUCGUUCUCGAGAAUGUGCCUUGCGAGUUUGCGACGAAAUUCAAUCCUCGCUUCCCCGUUAUCGUCGGUGGACUGGCACCAACCGAGGACCGGUUCGGAUACGUGCAGAUCCGUAUCAAGAGACAUCGUUGGCACAAGAAGAUCCUCAAGAGCAACGACCCCCUGAUCUUCUCACUUGGUUGGCGCCGGUUCCAAACCAUGCCCAUUUACAGCACGUCCGACAGUCGGACGCGAAACCGUAUGCUCAAAUACACCCCUGAGCACAUGCACUGCUUCGCCACGUUUUACGGACCCCUCGUUGCGCCGAACACUGCUUUCUGCUGCGUGCAGUCCUUCUCCAACAAAGCGCCGGGCUUCCGAAUCGCCGCCACGGGAACGGUAUUGAACGUGGACGAACAUACGGAGAUUGUCAAGAAACUGAAAUUGACUGGUAUACCCUACAAGAUCUUCAAGAACACUGCUUUCAUCAAGGACAUGUUCAACUCGUCGCUUGAAAUUGCCAAGUUCGAGGGCGCGUCCGUUCGAACUGUCUCCGGCAUCCGCGGUCAGAUCAAGCGGGCUCUCAGCAAACCGGAAGGGUACUUCCGUGCUACGUUCGAAGAUAAGAUUCUGAUGAGUGACAUUGUCUUCUUGCGUGCCUGGUACCCGAUCAAGCCACACCGAUUCUACAACCCGGUGACCAACCUGCUCGACCAGGAUGAGCAGGACGUAUCGGGCGACAACGGAUGGCAGCGAAUGCGUCUCACCGGCGAGGUCCGUCGUGAGAAGGGCAUUCCCACCCCCUUGAACAAGGACUCCGCCUACCAUAAGAUCGAGCGGCCCACGCGUCACUUCAACCCUCUCCGAGUGCCCCGACAGCUGGCCACCGAAUUGCCCUUCAAGUCGCAGAUCACCAAGAUGAAGGCCCACAAGGACAAGACGUACAUGCAGAAGCGUGCCGUCGUCCUGGGAGGUGAAGAGAAGAAGGCGCGCGACCUCAUGCAGAAGCUCACCACGAUGCGCAAUGACAAGCAAAGCCGACGAGCCGAAAAGCAGGAGGAGCGACGCCAGGUCUACCGGGCCAAGGUUGCCGACAGCCUGGAGAAGAAACAAGAGCGGGAGAAGAGAGAGCGCGACGAUUACUGGCGACGCGAGGGUAAGAAGCGCAAGAACACCGGCGAUGAGGGAGGCGGCGGCGGCAAGAAGCGUCGUUAG